GUCUGGAGAGCUGGGAUACAUCAUUCUCCACACCCCUCCCUUUCUCUGUCCAUUGGGAGGCAGAAGACAGGAAAUGACUGCCAUGGAUGUGGUAUGAUUUUUUUUACCGAAACAGCAUUUUGUAAACCAGGCCCUGUGCUGUCCACAGCUGUUUUCCUCUCUGUUACCAGCCAGGUAGCCCUGUCCUUUAUGUUUCCCUCCUUAUCCCCUCACAUGACUUCAGCCUUUGGAUUCUCAGCUCCUGGCUGCUUUCCACAUUCCACUCUUUCAGAACCCAAGCAUCCUGGCCUCCAGCUGAAACCACUGCAUGUGGCUUCCCCCACCCCAGGCCCCGUGACUCAGGCCCUGUAAAUGGACCAGCCCUCUUCUUGGCAUUCACAGGGUAGGGGGGCAGAGGAAGGGGGGGCCAGGUGGUGACAUCACAGUUAAGGGGUAUAAAAGCUUUCAGCAAAACAGAACUGAAAUUGAAGACGCUGACAAAACCUGACUGCGGACGCAGCCUAUGCUCCUGGGGGCCCCUCAGGACCCUCAGCCUGCUCCUCACUACAUCAAGGGCUACCCACUGACUCCAUGCCGCGCCCUCCCUGCCUUCUGUGGCUCCUGGCUGUCACCUUCUCCUUGGUUCCCAGGGCGCAGCCCUUGGCCGCCGGGGGCUCUGAAGAAGACGAGAAAUCUAAGACACCUUUGCCGGCUGUCCCCUGUGAUUAUGACCGCUGCCGCCACCUGCAGGUGCCCUGCAACGAGCUGCAGAGGGCCAGCCCGACGGCCUGCCUGUGCCCCGGCCUCUCCAGCGCAGCGCAGCCGCCCGAGCCGCCGCGCCUGGGCGAAGUGCUCGUGGAGGCCGCGGUCGGCCGCGCCGUGGUGCACUGGUGCGCCCCCUUCUCCCCGGUCCACCAGUACUGGCUGCUGCUUUGGGAAGGCGGCGGGGCUCCGCAGAAGGGCCCCCCACUCAACUCGACGGUCCGCCAAGCGGAACUGGAGGGCCUGAAGCCCGGGGGCGCGUACGUCGUCUGCGUGGUGGCCGCCAACGCGGCCGGAGAAAGCAGCGUGCCCGGGCCCCAGAGCCAGGGCCUCGACAGCGCGGGCGGCCCAGCCUUCGGGCCCUGCGGCCGGCUGAGCGUGCCGCCGCGGCCGCUCACAGUGCUGCACGCGGCCGUGGGCGUGGGCUCGGCGCUGGCCCUGCUCAGCUGCUCCGCCCUGGUCUGGCACUUCUGCCUGCGCGACCGCUGGGGUUGCCCCCGCCGAGGCCGCCAGAACCGCAGGGGGCUCUGAGGCCAAGCCGAGCCCAAGGCCGCUGCGGGGGGAGGUGGCCGCCCGCUGAGGCCCACGCAGCCCGGACGGCCGGGCGCCGGGCCCUCGCUGAGUCAAUGCUGGGCCAAGAGCUGGUUCAUUCCAGACUUUACGCUCAGUUCGUGAGCUGAGUAUUUAGGAGGCAUAGAGAAGGUCAGCACAUUUUUCCUUAAGGGACCGUAUAGUAAAUAAUCUAGGCUUUGCUGUCCCACGGGAUAAAAUCGAAGCUAUCCUGUGGGUACUUAUAUAAUCAUGUAACCCAUUUGAAAAUGUAAAAAUGAUUCUUAACUCUUGGGCCUUACAAAUCAGACCGUAGCCAGAGUUGGCCCGUUGGCUACAGCUAGUCGACCCCUAUCCUACACCCUCAAAAGAGCUCUGCCGCUAGGGGUGGCUUCAGUGGGGUUUGCGAAUAAGCUGCUGAGGGAUGGGAGACGUCUCCUGCCUUUUGUUUAGAUGGUGAGGAUAUGCACGCCUGAGUUAGAAUCCACCUGUGUCAAAGGAGGGUAGAAAUAAAUGACUGACCUAGCGUGGAGAAGGAUGGUGAAAGCUGCUGUCAGGGACAAGCUUGCAUUUUUGCUAGUAAAAAUAUAACAACAACAACAAUAAUAAUACAAUAAGGGGUUCCCUCUGCCCCCUUUUGUGUUUAUUGUACAUCCACUAUAACAACAUUAAAGGAAAAGGAAGAUAUUUUCAUUUUUCUUGAUCCCUUUCAAUUCCCUGUCCACAUACAUAUUUUUCAGAGUAGUAUACAUACUUUUGAGUUUAUUUUUAAAUUAACUGGAUGUAGAAAAGUCUAAAUUGCAACAGACUUUAUUCCUCACUUUUACUGGUCUUAUAACUUUUUUAAAUUAUAAAAGUAAUAUACAAAUAAAACUGAAGAGGAUAAUAUGAAAGUUCCCCUCCUUCUCAAGAGAUAACUGCCUAUAGCAGAGUAAAUCUUCCUCCAUGCAAUGCAAAUAUUUUCCUUUUUCAUUCACUGUAUUAUGGACAAUGUUCCAUGUUGGUAAAUCAUAGCCUCCUUAGUUAUGUGAAAGGCUGCAUAACUUUGCAUAGUAGGAUGCUCCUUAACUGAGAGUAGCCAUAGCUCUUUGUUGGAACAUUUAAGUUGCCUUCCAUGUUUGCUCUGGACAUCCUUGUUUAUUGGUGUAUCCUCACAUCGUGUGUAUUUCCAUAGGGUACUUACCCGGAAGUAGGUGAAAGAGGCAGUACUAUACAAUUUAAACAUUCUUUUAUUGGAUCUCUAGAAUAAAUUUAGAAUACGUUUGUUAUCUAGAAUACACUCAUCACAUUGCCGUGAA